UCUCUUUCAAAACCGAAAACCCGACUCCAUAGUUGAAAUAGUUCAAAGCUUCAAAACACAAUGAGCGGUAACAGCAACUCGGAUAGAUUCGGCGAUUCCUCUGAUGUUCCCAUGGAUGACAAUGCCGGCUAUGCUUUGAGCGGCAGAAUCAUGCUCAGCACCAUCGUCGUCUUGUUCUUUGUCGUCAUACUCGCGUUCGUCCUUCAUCUUUACGCCCGCUGGAUGCUCCUCCGUGCCCGCAACCUUCGUUCCCCCAACGGCAGACGGAACCGACGGCGAAGGCAGCUCGUUUUCUACGUUGACCACAACGCUCUAGACGCGACGCGCGGCCUGGAUGCGCGCGUGCUCAAGUCUCUCCCGGUCUUCACUUUCUCCACCGAGACUCACCCGGAUUCCGCCCUCGAAUGCGCCGUUUGCUUAUCGGAAUUCGAAGAGAACGAGUCGGGUCGGGUAUUGCCCAAAUGCAAGCAUAGCUUCCAUUUAGAGUGUAUCGAUAUGUGGUUUCACUCUCAUUCCACGUGUCCUCUUUGUCGGACCCCCGUCGAAGGACCUGUACCCGUAUCUGAGAACCCGGGAGAUGUAGUUUUAACCGUUAAUGAACCAUCAGGCGGGGAAUCUGGAUCGAAUCGGGGCUCCGAUUUGUGUUCCACGUGUGAGCACGAGGAGCAACAGGUAGGUCCGUCGGCCGUUGAGUCUAGGAGGAAGUUGUCGGUCGAGGUUCCGAGAAGAAAUACCGAAGGUUUUGUAAGUGAAUCGAGUGGGUGUGACUCAGGACCAAGCCAACCUUAUAAAUCGCCGAUGACUCGUAUGUUGUCGUUUAAGAGGAUAUUGAGUAGAGAACGAAGAGGGAGUGGAUCAAUCAAUGUCUCAGAGUCGGAUAUCGAGCGAGGUGGGGAUGAGGAGACUCAGCAAACUCGGGUGAGGUGUGAGACUCAGUAGA